AUGUUUCAGCGAAUCUCACUGCUUUCGCCGAACGCCUGCCAAAGCCUGCUUAUCCGCUACUUCGACAGGGUGGUUGAGUUACGCUGUGCCGAGAAGUCGAGUCUUAUUGCCCAAGAGCGAGUGAGGCUGCAGCUGGACGAGCAGAAACAGACAAUAUACAACCUGGAACGAGCUCUCCGCCAUCAGGUAGGCAUUCGGGCCUGGCAGUUUGCCAUAUGA